AUGUUCAGAUCAACCUCCCUCUUCGUGUUUGUUUCUUCCGUCAUCCUUGUCGUUCAAGCUCAGACAUACCAACCUACCGGCCCAAAUGCAGGUAAUUGGAAGUUAUUGGGUUGUGCAAAUGAUCUUUAUCCAAACGCACGUGCUUUGAACGCAGCCUAUUCUGAAUCACCAAACGGUCAAUCAACUUCAAUCAGUUCUUGUUUGGCUUAUUGUGAUUCACAAGGUGCAUAUUUAACCGGAAUCGAAUAUGGUUAUCAAUGUUAUUGUGGUCCAACGUUGGAUAAUGGUUCAAAAAUCAAAGUGGAUGCUUCUGCUCUUUCCCCUUCCAAUAACGGAGGCUGUUCAACACCUUGCAAAGGAGAUUCUUCCCAAAACUGCGGUGGUCCAAACGCACUUUUGGUUUUCCAAAACACACAACAUGCUGCUCCUUCCGUGAAACAGCUUUCGGGUCAAACGUACAAAGGCUGCUAUGGUGACAGUACCAACAACCGUCUAUUGCCAUACGUCUAUCAAGGUAAUUCCAACCCUAGCAUGACGCCGGAGUUAUGUGCUUCAGGUUGCACGAGCAGAGGAUAUGAUUUGUCAGGAACAGAAUACCGCUAUCAAUGCUUCUGUGGACAAUCGAGCUCCGUAAACCUUGGCAAUGCACUGUCCGCUCAAAGUUGCGAAUCAACUUGCACAGGUGACAGUACUUCCUUCUGCGGAGGACCAGGCACGUUGACCGUCUAUCAACGUCAAGGAAGUGCUCCACCACCAACAUCCAAUAAGCCUAAACAAAGCGUUACUUCCGGCAGCAAGACGUACAAUUAUCAAGGUUGCUUUGCCGAUGGAUCUUCUCGUAGUUUAACAGGUGCAACUUUUAGUGAUCCUGCCAUGACGGCUGAAAAGUGUGUCGCAUUUUGUGCAGGUCAAUCCGGAAACGGUGGCAGAUAUGCCGGAUUGGAAUAUUCGACAGAAUGUUAUUGUGGCUCUUCACCAAAGAAUAAGAACACCGCUUCAAACUGUAAUAUGGCUUGUGCAGGCGAUGAUACCGAAACUUGCGGUGGUGGCUAUGCUUUGACAUUGUACAAAGUGGCAUAA